UCUGGGUGCGGCAGCGCGGGAAAGGCUCCCGCGUCACUUCCGGGCCCGGGGCAGUGGGCGGGGCCGGCGCGAAAGCCCCCACCCACGCGGCGGCCGGAUGCUGUGUCCGUGACCCGUCCCCGCAGCUCCGGCAUGGCCCGCGCCUCCGGGACCUGCACCCCGCGGCCGCCCAUCCGCCCGCCCGCCGCCCCGGAGCGCCGCGUGCUGGGCGCCGUGUUCGCCGCGCUGCUGCCAGACCUGCUGGGCUUCGCGCUGCUGCUGCCGCUGCUCCCGGGCCUGCUGCACCGCCAGGCGGCCGCGCGCGACCCGCUGUACAGCUCCUGGCAGCACGCCGUCGACCGCUUCGCCGAGGCCAUCGGGACGCCGCCCGAGAAGAGGUUCCACAGCGUCCUGUUCGGAGGCCUCGUGGGUUCGCUCUUCUCGGCCCUGCAGUUCCUGUGCGCCCCGCUCACCGGCGCCGCCUCCGACCGCCUGGGCCGCCGGCCCCUGAUGCUGCUCUGCCUGGCUGGCACGGCCGCCUCCUACGCCGUGUGGGCGACGUCCGCCAGCUUCGCCGCCUUCCUGGCCUCCCGGGCGCUCGCGGGCAUCAGCAGGGGCAACGUCAGCCUGUCCGCCGCCAUCGUCGCCGACCUGGGCUCGCCCGCCGCCCACAGCCGCGGCAUGGCCGUCAUCGGCGUGGCCUUCUCGCUGGCCUUCACGCUGGGCCCCGCGCUGGGCGCCUCGCUGCCCCCCGACGCCGCUCCCUGGCUGGCCCUGCUGCUGGCCCUGGCCGCCCUGCUGCUGGCGCUCUGCUUCCUGCCAGAGACGCUGCCCCCCGAAAAGCGGGCCCCCUCUCUGGCUCCGGGCGUCCACACGGCCGUCGACCUGCUCAGCCCGCUGGCCCUGCUGCGCUUCUCCGCCGUGGCCCGCGGCCCAGACCCGCCCCGCGGACACCGGCUGAGCAGCCUGCGCCGCCUGGGCCUCGCCUACUUCCUCUACCUCUUCCUGUUCUCGGGCCUGGAGUUCUCGCUCGGCUUCCUGGUGCACCAGCGCCUGCAGUUCGGCAGCGUGCAGCAGGGGAAGAUGUUUUUCUUCAUCGGCCUGACCAUGGCCGUCGUCCAGGGCACCUACGCUAGGAGGAUCCGGCCGGGCGGGGAGACGGCGGCCGUGAGGCGGGCCGUCCUGCUGCUGGUCCCCGCCUUCCUGCUGCUGGGCUGGGCGCACACUCUGCCCGCGCUGGGCCUCGGGCUACUGCCCUACUCCUUCGCCGCCGCCGUCGUGGUGCCCUGCCUGUCGUCCGUCGUGGCCGGCUACGGCUCGCCUGGACAGAAGGGCAUUGUCAUGGGCACGCUGCGUAGCCUGGGUGCACUGGCCAGGGCGCUGGGGCCUCUGCUGGCCACCUCAGUGUACUGGCUGGCCGGUGCCCACGUCUGCUUCUCCCUGGGUUCUGGUCUCUUCCUGCUGCCUUUCUUCCUGCUGUGGAACCUGCCGCCACUCAAGGCCGAGUGAGGCCACAGCCGCCCGGAACCUGGGGGUCGGCGCUCCCGACCAGGGCCCACGUGAAGCAGCUGUUUAUACCAAGAGCCCCUGGGGGUGCGGUCAGGCCCGGGCCCCACCCGUGUGCAGCGGACCCUGCCUGUGUCCUAGGAGGGCAGGAGCGGCGCAGGGUCCGGGGUCUGAGGACUCGGGUCCACUUCUGCAAAGCCUGCUUCAAACGGCCGCGGGCCGAACGCCGGAGGAGAGGCUUUGGCGAGGAAAUGCUGAAAGCUUUUAUUGUGAGCGAGAUGCUGCAGUGAGGACAGGGCAUCGGGCUGUCCCCUAACCUGUCUAGUGUGGCUACUUGGUGUCGUGACACAGUUAAAAUAAACUACAGAAGGGAA